AUGUCCUGUUGCACGGCGGCCACCAGGACAGCCUUCGGGCUCCUGCGGAGAGGAAGCAAGCUCAGCUUAUCGCAUACGGGCUCGUCCGGGUCUUCGAGGCUCCCGGCGGUCGCGCGUCGCGGGCGCACCUCGAGGGUUCCGGCGGCGUUCAGGAACGCCCCGGCGUUUACAUCGCGCGGAGGGCUCGUCUCGCUCCACAGGAGACACGCGGAGGUCCUCGCGCGCUCCAGCCGAAACAACCCGGUCUCGCGCGCCGUCUCGUCCGUCGCCUCCCCGCCGUCGCAGGACGCGUCGGUCAGCGACGCCGAGGCCAAGGCGUCCGGGGCUGAGAUCUCGCGCGGCGGCGACGGACCGGUGAGGCCCGAGUUUUGCGACAUUAGCGAGGAGGAGGACGUGCAGAAGCGGAGGAUCGUCGUCAUGGAACCCGGCGCCACCGUCGUGUGCACCGCGGAGGAGGAGAAGAUCUUCGGAACCCUGUUGGACGUCGUCAAGAGGUACGAGCUGCCGGUGACGCUCAGGGUUGCCGGCGGAUGGGUGCGAGAUAAGCUCCUGGGUAAGCACUCGUCGGACAUCGACAUCGCGUUGGACACCAUGAUGGGCGAGGAGUUCGCCGCCAAGGUGAACGAGUACCUUCAGGAGAAGGGCGAGGAGACGCACGGCGUCGGGGUGAUCCAGAGCAACCCGGACCAGUCGAAGCACCUGGAGACGGCGACGAUGCGCGUCCACGGGCAGUGGCUGGACCUCGUCAACCUGCGAAGCGAGGAGUACACGGAGGCGUCCAGGAUCCCGGAGAUGAAGUUCGGAAGCGCCACGGACGACGCGUACAGGCGCGAUCUCACCAUAAACUCGCUCUUCUACAACAUCAACCUCCGGUGCGUCGAGGACUUCACCGGGAUGGGACUGAAAGAUUUACAGGAUGGCGUGGUGCGAACGCCGCUGCCGCCGCGGACGACGUUCCUGGACGACCCGCUGCGCAUCCUGCGCAGCGUGCGAUUCGCCAGCAGAUUCGGAUUUUCCCUCGACGACGCCAUCGUGCACGCGGCGACGGACGCGGAGGUUCAGGAGAAGCUCCUCUCCAAGGUUUCCAGGGAGAGGGUCGGGAAGGAGGUGCAGGGGAUGCUCCGCGGGCCCUCGCCGGGCGACGCGCUCUCGCUGCUGUGCAGGUUUAACCUCUUCGACACGGUGUUCGCCACGUCGUUCCCCGAGACGCUCACGAGCAGGCUGCCCCCCACGGUGGCGUGGGGGUGCCUCCACAGCAUGCGAUGCCUCGACGCCGUGUUGUCCUCCCUGGCCAACUCGAGGGGCGACGCCAGCUUCUUCACCAAGGAGCUCACGUGCGAGGAGCGCGAGUGGCUGGUGCUCGCCGCGUUCCUCGCGCCGCUCGAGGGCGGGGAGUUUCAGGCCCUCGGGCACCCCGCGGGCAAGAAGACAAAGUUCAUCCCCGUGGUUCACACCGUCGUGAAGGAGGCUCUGAAGUGGCGGGUCAAAGACGCGGAGGCUGUCUCGCUCGUGCUGGAGCUCGCCGCGGACAUGCGGUGGUCGCUCAUAGGCAGGGACGGCGCCGAGCUCCCCAAGUUCACCAGGCUCCGCGCCGGUAAGCUGCUGAGGCGCGGUAAGGAGUACUGGCGCCUCGCGCUCAUCAUGGGCGCCGUCCUCGAGAUGCCCGGCGUCGUCAUGCUCGGCGAGGGCGACGAGCUCGAGCCGUGGGCGGUGGAGCUGGCGAAGGGUCCCCCGUCCGCGGAGCCCCUCGCGGAGAGCAAAGGGUCCCCGCUGCACGCGUUCAGCGCGACGUCCCUGGGCGAGGGCGAGAGGACCAAGGAUGGCGUCCUCAGCGACGAGGCUGACGCGGCGAAGGUGCGAGUCUCGGCUAAAAAACUCUCCGCUCGGGUCCGAGACGUCGAGGACGCCGUCGCGGCGAUGAACCUCGACGGGGUUUGGAACAUGCGACCCAUCCUCGACGGGGGUAAGGUGAUGAAGCUGACGGGGGCGAAGGGCCCGGUGAUGAAGGUGCUCACCGAGCGGCUCAUCGACUGGCAGCUCGAGAACCCGGAGGGGGGCGAGGCGGAGGCGACUGCGUUUCUCGCGAGCGUCUCUGAAAAGAUCGUCGGCGAGUACGUGCAGCCGCCCCGAGGCACGUGAGGGUCGGGCUCCCGCGCGUCCGUACGCAUCCGUACCGCCGGCCGAUCGGCGGUUUGUAAUCGACACGAAGGUUGUUUUCCGCGUCACGUCACUCCUUUUUAACGACAAAGUCGCGCCGAGGAUUUAGAAAAGUUACAAGGAGAUAAAAAUACAACGAGUAACGCGUCACCACCACGCCGAGUCGACGCCGUCCGGAGCCGCCUCGAGCGCCGGCGUGAGCUCCGCCGGGACGAAAGCAUCCGGACCGUCGCCGUCCCCGCCGUCCCCGCCGUCCCCGCCGCGCGCCGCCGCCGCGAGAAACACGAGCGCCCUCCUUCCCCCACGUUUUUGUUCAUUUUUUCGCGAAACCGUCGCGGGCGAGUACGCGCGCGAGCAAACGGUCCGGAGCGCGGCGACGUUCACGAGCGCGGACGCCACGCCGACGGACGCGCCGGGGGGCGACGCGGACGUGACGACGCCGAUCGGCGUCCCGACCUCGGCGAGCCCGUUGCCGACGUGGCGCCGGUUCCGGCCGACUCCCGAACGCCACGCGGAUUCCCGAUCCCGCGCCGGGUCCAGCACCGCGUCCCCGACGCGAGCGCGCCCGCCCCACGGACACCGCACCACGCAUCGCACGAACGACGACGACGACGACGACGACGACGACGACGACGACGAAAGAGGGGCGCCGUCGCGGACGGGUCGCCACCCGGACUUUCCCCGCUUUUGCCUCGUCCCCGACCCUUCGGAACCUUUCGCCGGAAACUUUCCCGGAGAGGUCCGGCGCACGGCGAGGUUCGCGCCGACGACGACGGUUCGCUCCGGCGUCCGCUUCCCUCUCGGCACGACGUCCGCGCGCGCCGCGUUUCGGUCCUCCACGACAGCGAACCAGCGCUUACCCGCGUCCGUGUCUGGAAAAUCCUCGGGGAACCGGGACGUUCCCGCCUGCGUGGCG